AUGGUGGGUCCACUCACACAGGUUCUGGUCCAGGUCCAGGUGUCCUGGGGGAAGGUGGUGCUGGGGGUCUGCGGGGUGGCGCUGGUGGUGGUCCUGAUCGCGGUUCCCACGGCGAUCUUCCUCAAAGAGGAGAAGGAGGGGAGCAUGAAGGGACGACCUUUCACCCUGGACGACGUCUUCAACAGCUCCAUGAGGCCAAAGUCCUUCAGCAUGAGGUGGAUCUCAGAUCACGAGUAUCUGAAUAAGAGCGGAGACGACGUCUUCCUGCACAACCUGCUGACCGGAGCGUCCUCACAGCUCCUCAGCAAGGAGACCUUCGAAGAGAAAAAUGCUCAUGACUACCUGCUGUCUGCUGACCACAAAUAUGUUGCCUUCAUGAGCAACCGAUCAAAGCUGUGGCGUCAUUCAUUCACCGCUUCAUAUUCUCUGUUCGACCUGACGGCAGGUAAGUUUCUGCCUGCUGAUAUUCCUGAUGAGGUGCAGUACUUUUCCUGGGCCCCUGAAGGCAACAAACUGGCGUAUGUUUGGAAAGAGAACGUGUACCUGAAGAGCAGCCCGGAGAACCCUCCAACACAGAUCACCUUCAACGGGGAGGAGAACCGCAUCCUCAACGGGAUCCCAGACUGGGUCUACGAGGAGGAGAUGUUCUCCUCCAGCCAGGGUCUGUGGUGGUCUCCUGGAGGGAUGUUUGUGGCGUACGCCGAGUUCAACGACACGGAGGUUCACCACAUCGAGUACUCGUGGUACGGAGACAACCAGUACCCCAGCACCGUGUCCAUCCCCUACCCCAAGCCAGGUACGCCCAACCCCACCGUCAGACUCUACGUGGUCGACUCGGACAACACAACAGCCAUCACCCAAGUCCAUGUUCCAGACUCGUUCAGCUCCAGUGAACACUACUUGGCCACGGUGACGUGGGCGACAGAUGACCGGAUCGCUGUCCAAUGGCUGAAGAGAGUCCAGAACCACCUGAUCCUGCAGAUCUACAACUUCUCUGGGUCCAGCUGGGAUCAUGACGAGCAUCUGGUGGUGACGAGUACCUCGGGUUGGGUUGGACGGUUCUCUCCAUCAGAACCAGUUUUCUCUGCAGACAAAAGCAGCUAUUACCUGCUGAAGAGCGGAGCAGAGAAGUACAUCCACCUCCACCACGUAGUCGAUGGCAAAGCAACACAGAUCACGUCUGGAAAAUGGGAAGUCAUCGACAUCCUGAAAGUGACUGCAGAUAGUGUAUAUUACUCCAGUAACAAAGAGAAGAACCAGCCUGGAGGAAGAAACGUCUACAGGUGGACUAAAGGGGAGCACCACUGUGUGACUUGUGUCCUCCCUAAAGACUCGUGUCAGUAUAACUCGGCGUAUUUCAGCCGCGACGCGUCGUUCUACCGGAUGAGCUGCAGCGGUCCUGGCGUUCCUUAUCACACGCUCAUGGACAACAAGAACAACAAACAGCUCAGUGUUCUGGAGGAUAAUAAAGCCUUCAGCAGCCUGAUCUCUGACAUCCAGAUGCCCACCAUGCGCCGAGGAACCAUCCGGAUCGGAGAAUACGAACUGUGGUACCAGAUGUUUCUGCCUCCAGGCUUCGACGAGUCCAAGAAGUAUCCGUUACUGAUCGACGUGUACGCGGGCCCCUGCAGCCAGAAGGUGGACUUCCUGUACCGGGUCAGCUGGUCCACGUACCUGGCCAGCACGGAGAAAGUCAUCGUGGCGAGCUUCGACGGAAGAGGAAGCGGUUACCAAGGAGACGAGCUAAUGCACGCCAUCUACAAACGUCUGGGAACCUUCGAGGUGGAAGAUCAGAUAACGGCGGCCAGGGAAUUCAUCAAGCUGGGAUUCAUUGACCAGCAGCGAGUGGCUAUCUGGGGCUGGUCCUACGGAGGAUACGUGACGUCAAUGGCCCUGGGCUCCGGCAGCCGAGUCUUCAGCUGCGGCAUGGCCGUCGCUCCCGUCUCCAAAUGGGUUUAUUACGAUUCCAUCUACACGGAGCGAUACAUGCUGGAGCCAACAGACAACUCCCUCUACUACAACUCCACAGUGACUGAACGAGCAAAGAACUUCCACUCAGUUGAAUAUCUGCUGGUUCACGGGACGGCCGACGAUAACGUUCACUUCCAGCAGGCGGCGGAGAUCUCUGAGGCUCUGGUGGACGAGCAGGUCGACUUUGAGGCCAUGUGGUACACGGAUAAAGACCACGGGCUGGGAGGCUCCGCCUACCAACACGUCUACACACACAUGAGUCACUUCCUGCAGCGAUGCUUCAAAUUAAACAAUUAAUUUAAAAUCAUUUAAAACUAUUAAUGCAGGUUUGAUGAUUCAGGCUCCAACAUACUGAAGGUUCUUACAUUUUUACAAAAAAUCUCUAUGAAAAAUGUGAAUUAUUUUUACUUGACCUGGGGGACGACUUCAAUAUAAUAAUAAUAUUAAUAAUAAUAAUAAUAUGAAAGUGUAACUGUUCUUUUGUAUUAAAUUAUGCGCAACAGUGAUUUUAUACAGUUUUAUCAAACUCAUGAGAUUGUUUCUUUUCG